UUGCCCAGGUAUCCAACGUACAGCCCAUCGCUGUGCACAGAUAGAAGAUGCACAAUAGCCAUACUGCUCAGCUUCGUGUUACCGCCUAUAUUAUGCAUACCUUCGUAUUUUGUAUUCACAAUACACAAAGAUUUCGCUUUCGACAAAAGUGGACAUAUGCUGACAAAAGUCUACUUUGUCGACUCUGAUUACGACGGCAGCUUAUACCAGAUUAAUUUCUGGGUGCAUGCAGUACUUAUAAAGUUGUUACCUUGUGUCAUACUGACUGUUAUAAGUGCGUGGCUAGUAAGAGCAUUGUACAGAGCAAAUAGUAGGAAGAAAGCUCUGAAAGGCUACAGCGCUUGUCCCGCGAACACGGUUGUCAAUGGCAACGGAAAUGUGUUUACGAGAAAGUCUACAAAGCGCUCGAAAGCGGAGCGGAGGACUGAUCGGACUACGAAGAUGUUGGUAGCUGUGCUGUUGCUGUUCCUGUUGACGGAAUUUCCUCAAGGAAUUUUAGGUCUUCUAAGUGGAGUCCUCGGAAGGUGUUUCUUUAAGCAAUGUUACGAUCUCUUCGGCGAGCUGAUGGAUGCACUGGCACUCCUGAACGGGGCUAUCAACUUCGUCCUAUACUGUUCCAUGUCUCGACAGUUCAGGACGACUUUCGGGCAGAUGAUACGGAAUAGGUGUGCGCCCGCGCAAAGAGCGAACUCGCAUACCGAACUACAGACUACGUAUGUGUAAAUGUAGGUACAGUGAAGUGAUAAAGUGUUUACCUAUAAGUGUAAAAAGACAUGCUUUGGACUUAUAUGCAGUGUUAACAUACUUAAAUCUUAAAAAAUGUUUUGGACAUGUUCUUUUUUGCAAAAAAGUGAGUAGUGUUGAACUCAAUAGUGAAAGACUGAAGCACAACUUUGAGUGACUAUACUAUGACUAUUCGAACUCGAUUGCAAGGUGUACCUAAAUACUAAAAUGUCGUUCGAAAAAUAAUAGGUACACGAGAUAUAAAUGUGGCUUAAAUAUUAAGAGUGUUUUAGUAUUCGCGUGUUCUACGGACAACGAAAAAAUUUACUGUUAAGUAUGAACUUUAAUGUACAUUGCCUUGCUUAGUAAUGGACGCAUUGAAAUGAAUGUUACGUACAAAGUGGAAUUGAUACCAUAGCGGAAAGUAGUUUUCAUUUAACUAUCGAUCAAACACAUUAAAAUAUGUUUUUUUUUUCUGUGACAAAUUAAAACAAAGCAAUAGAUGAUGAUGGUGUAUUUUUUUUUCAUUAAAUAUGUACAAAUAGAAAAAAAAUAUAGGUACGUGUAAUAUCAAUGAUGGUAAAAAUAUUUUGAUAUAGGGACUUUUCCACCUGAUAAAAUACACUGUGUAGAUAACUGUGUCAAUUUAUUGGCAAAUUGUUCGAGAAGGUACCUACAGAGGAAAAUUUGUACAGAAUUGUACCUAAUAAGAAAAUUGUGACGUGAAUCAUACGGAUGGAUACUCCGUGUAUUUUUCAAAGAAUAUUACAAAAACAUGCUUUAAAAAGUUUGUAUGAGUACAUUGUAUGUAUGUAGGGCUGCCAUCCGUCCGGGUUUCCCCGGAUUUGUCCUCGUUUGGAGGCCGUCCGGGGGCCGUCCGGGCGGGGUUUCAAGAAGUGUCCGGGGAAAACCCGGACACUUUUCAUGUAAGGAAGCACCUCAUUGGAUUUAAGUAGGUAUGUGUUAAUAGUAAAUGGAUCACAAAUUAGGUAUUAUUUUGUUUAAAAAAAUCGUACUCCUUCGGGGAAAAAAUGCGAUUUACGCCAAAUGUCCGGGUUUUUUUAAUGUUUGUCCGGGUUUGGUGAAAUUCGAGAAGGCAGCCCUAUAUGUAUGUAUCUAUAAGUACCUACAUGUUUACUCAGACGGAACCGGCGUAUAUAAAGAGGUUGAUAUUGAACAAGUUAUAAUUCUCAUUGACUUUGCCAAACUGACCGUUUUUCUUCCAUUAAAUCCUAAACACACAAAAAAGACAAAACUUUUCCUCAAUUUUCAUCAGUUGGCUAGCUGUGUUUAACGAAAUACGUAUAAAUUGAAACUUGUACAAAGAAUAAGACAUUUUUCUUUUAUUUCCACUGACCGAAACUUUCCACUCGAUAACCCUUUGUAAAUUGAAAUACCUAUUGUCAUUUCAGAUCUAAGUUGUCUUUUAUUUUUUGUGUCUGUAAUCGAUCUGACGGUCUCAAUAUAAUCACCAGUUAGAUACCAUUUUCUAACCGUUUUAUUAUUUUCUAAAGAUUAUUUGUAUUGGUAUGUUUUGAAAGGUCAUAUCACCACUCAAGAAAUACAUUUAUGAAGCCGCCAUUUUUCUUGUAAACCCUUUUUAUGAUGGCGCGAAUGCCACCAUCAGUUAAGGUCUCGAUCUGACCGCGACAAUGAUAUAUUCAAGACAGUGAUUGAAACGUCUUUCGGCCUCUUGUAAAAUAUUAUGUUCAGAGAGCCUGUCAGGAACAAACAAACGUAAGGCUCGGUUUCACUUGCUACCGAUAAAGUGUCAGGUAGUUAAUGCUAUAUACUAGAUAUUGUUUGUAUUUAUCUCUCAGACAAGUUCUUGAUAGAGCUAUCAGAGACUUUGUCCAAAACCGAUGAAACUAGCCAUAAAUGGGUACAUACAGGAAUGCAAUCGAAUUUUCAUUAUCCCUAGAAAGAGAAUGCCAUCGAUUUAAACAUAAACACGAGUAAUAAACACAACUUUUUGUGAAUCAUUGGAUUUCCCACCCCCAAGUAAAUUCCCUUUAAAAAGAAUUAGUAACGUUUUUAUACGACUUUCCUCUCAUAAAUAAAGGGGAGUGUCUUUCAAAAGAUUUAUAGGCACAACGGUUUGUUUAUACCGCUCAAUAAAGAAAGCUAAACAAAUGUUUGCAUUAGUCACAAUUUGGGGCAACCCUGCUGUAUCCUCUAUGAUUUGCAUAAACUCGUGCAAUAUCAACUAGGCACGUACAUUUUGCACGAUCGGUACAGAAUUCCACAGUGGUAUCGUGGAAAGAGUACAAUAAUUCUAUAUUUGUAGUCACUAUUGUGUGAAUGGAACUUUUCAAAGGGUAUAUUUUUAAUACAAAAUAGCUGGAGGGCUUCCCGAAGGAUGUAUCGUUUUGAGAUAGGAAUAUGUCUUUCAUGUUAUGUACUCUAUAAUGUAAAAUGCUUUCUUGACGCUAUCACGGAAGAUUUCGUUUCGUCACGAAGGCUUGAUGACAAUUAUAUUAAUACUAAUUAAUAUGUUACUCGAGAUAGGAAGAACGGUUGUUUGUAAAAUAUAUAAUUGUAUAGUAUUUUAUUUAAUGCUGUAAUAAAUGGAAUUGUUACUCUAAAA